GCUCUCACUCGCGACCAAAGGGUUGUGGUCAAAGUUUGAGAGACUGCGGCUGGCUGAGGGCGUGCUACAGCGGGCAUGGAAGGAGUCAGCUACGGGAGAGGAGAGGUGGCAGGUGGUGGUCCCAAAACCACCGCGGGAGGCUGUGCUCCAGAGUACUCAUGGGAGGGUGGUGACUGGACAUUUUGGGGUCACAAAAACACUCCGCCGCCUCCAUCAGGGCUUUUACUGGGGGCAGCACUAGAGGGAUGUGGAGGACUUUUUCCGCCACUGUGACCACUGCACAGCGAGAAAGGGCCCCCCAGGCAGCUCUCAUGCUCAGCUCCAACAGUUCCCAGUGGGGGCUCCCAUGGAGAGGGUGGGAGUGGAUGUAGUUGGGCCAUUCCCCACCACAGACAGUGGAAACCGUUGGGUGCUCACGGCCAUGGACUAUUUAACAAAAUGGCCCGAGUCCUAUGCUCUGCCUGACCAGGAGGCAGAGACCAUCGUCGACACCCUGACAGCGGAGAUGUUCAGCAGGUUUGGAGCUGCAGUGUCCAUCCACAGCGACCAAGGCAGAAACUUUGAGUCUUGUGUUUUCGCCACCAUGUGUGAGAGGCUGGGUAUGCACAAGACCCGCACUACUCCUCUCCAUCCUCAAAGUGAUGGCCUUGUGGAGCGCUUCAACUAAACGCUUGGACAGCAGCUAGCCAUCGUCUCUGCCAAACACCAGCGUGACUGGGACAAGCACCUGCCUAUGGUCCUCAUGGC